UCAUUCUAACGGCAUCUAACCUUACCCCCACAUUUUUCCUUCCAAUUUUCACUGUCUUAUUGAACAAAAUAGCAGAACUUCCCACCAUCACCAUCCUCAUCCUCUCUCUUUCUCUCUCUACCUUACCCUUUUUGCUGCUUGAUGCUAACCUUCCUUUUUCUUUUCUCACACUUCAAUAGUGAACAUACACAGGUUUUACACACACAAUGCACAGAAGAAACAGACCCUAAUUUUGUUUUCAGAUCAAACCCUUAUGUAAUUUUUCAAUCUUCUUGAUUUCUUGAUCAUGAUGUCUGCAGUAACAAGAAUCUGAGAAAACCCUAACCUUCCCAAUCUUCUGAUCUUCUGAUCUUUAAAUUAAUGCUUUAAUCAAUUCAAGCUCUUAUCUUGUUAUCCUUCCAAAAUCCUCGAUCCCUGCUCAUUGUUCUCACUCCCCAAGGCAGCAGAAGUAAACCCAAAUCGCCAUUUCUCUGUUUGUUGUCAUCUUCUUCAGAGAAAUCCACAUUUGGGUCUGUUUGCUCCAUUCGUUUGUUCCUCUGAGCCAUGUUUUCAACCCCAUUUGUGCUCUCAUUUGCUCUCUUACUAUCUUUUCCUUUAUUGUUCCUUCUUGCCCCUCGAAUCCUCUCUCCUCGGCAUGUUCCGAUCUCUCUUCCAGACGAACUCGAUGAUCUCGCCCUCUUUCGCAGAGCUUCUCUUGGUUCCUCACAUUCCUCCGCUGCUACCACCGUUUCACGCCUUGGCACAACCAAUCCCGCUCCCAAGAUCGCUUUUUUGUUCCUCACAAACUCCGAACUUGUCUUCGCUCCUCUGUGGGAGAGCUUCUUUAAGGGCAAUGAACAUCUCUAUAAUAUCUACAUCCAUGCCGAUCCAUCUGCUAGAGUGAUGUCUCCUGGUUCGAUCUUCGAUGGCAGAUUUAUCUCUGCAAAGAGGACCCAACGCGCAUCUCCGACUCUAAUCUCUGCCGCUCGGAGACUCCUCGCCACCGCCGUCCUCGAUGACCCUACAAAUACCUUUUUCGCUCUGAUUUCCCAACAUUGUAUCCCACUUCAUUCUUUCCGUUUCGUUUACCAUUCUCUCUUCGUUCCCUCAUCUCGAUUCGGUCGUGUUACUUAUCGAAGCUUCAUAGAGAUACUGGACAAAGAGCCAGGGCUAUGGGAUAGGUACACUGCGAGAGGGAAGGAUGUGAUGAUGCCUGAGAUACCAUUCGAGGAAUUCCGAGUUGGAUCACAGUUCUUCAUAUUGGCGAGACGGCAGGCGUUGCUGGUGAUCAAAGAUCGGAAGCUAUGGAGGAAAUUCAGGUUGCCCUGUUUGAAGACGCAGUCUUGCUAUCCAGAAGAACAUUAUUUCCCAACUCUGCUUUCCAUGGAAGAUCCCAAGGGUUGUACACAUUACACUCUUACAAGGGUCAAUUGGACUGAUAGCAUCAAUGGUCAUCCUCAUACCUACCGGCGAGCCGAAGUGUCGCCGGAGCUAGUGUACAGGUUACGGUUUUCGAACUCGACUUACUCCUACUUGUUCGCGAGGAAAUUCUCGCCGGAUUGUCUGCAGCCAUUACUGGAGAUUGCAGACACCGUCAUUUUCAGAGAUUAAAGUGGAAUCCCCCAGGUACAAAAGCGAUUCACACACAAGGACAAAAGUAGAAGAGUAAAGAUGUGGGAAUAAGGGUUGGCGGGAAGCGUCAAAAAAAAGUGAAGGCUCAUGGCGGUAGCCCUAAUACGAAAAAACCCUAAAUCGAGAAAGAGAGAAGAGAGAGACGAGAGAGGGGGAAGAGAAGCCCAAGAGAUAUUCGGAGCACCAACUCAAAAGCCCAACGAGAAUUUGGUUUUGUGAGAAGGUGGUGGUGGUUGCUUGGUCAACUUGGUAGGUUGAGUGUGGUGAAAUCAGGUGGGGAGUGGGGACUUAAAGGUGUGUUUGUUUGUAUAUAUUAUAGUUUUGUUGAAGUGUUACAUGACGACAUCAUUAAAUCAUCCUAUUCCCCCCUUUUCAAAACAGAGCACUGUGGGAGUAAAAGGCCUCUCAUUGUUAUCCCUUUUCAUUUUCCACAAUUUUGUCAUUUUUUUUCCCAUUCAUUUUGCUGCAUUUGGGAUCACUAAUGCAUUCCACCAAAAA